CACAGCGGCAGGCGGGGCUGAGGGGCCCCGCCCCCCGCGCUGCCCCAGCUCCGGCUGCUCCGCCAGCGCACACCCAGCACGAGGCGCCAGCUCCGCUCCGCUCAGGAUGGUGAUCCGCGUGUACAUCGCCUCCUCCUCCGGCUCUACGGCGAUCAAAAAACAGCAGCAAGAUGUGCUAGGCUUCUUGGAAGCCAACAAGAUUGAAUUUGAAGAAAAAGAUAUCGCAGCCAAUGAAGAGAACCGGAAAUGGAUGAGAGAGAACGUCCCUGAAGAGAGCCGACCAGCCAGUGGAAAUCCAUUGCCCCCUCGAAUCUUCAAUGAUAGCCGAUAUCUUGGGGAUUAUGAAGCUUUCUUCGAAGCUAGAGAGAAUAAUGCAGUGUAUGCUUUUUUAGGCUUGACUGCUCCUCCUGGUUCAAAGGAAGCUGAAGCACUGGCAAAACAGCAAGCAUGAAUUUCAACUGCCUUAAAUGUUCUGUAAAGGGAACGUUCACAGCUUUUUAUAAAAUUGUAAAAUUGUCUCUGCUUCAGGAAAAAUAGAUUUAAUUCCUAACAUUUUGAUUGGUGCUUGCAGCAUCCAUGGUACAUGAAUAUGAAUUUGAACACAAUGAACAUGAAAACAUUAGGGUAGCAUGGAAGAUGCUUUUGCAAAGUUGGAAGCAUGGGAAACUGAAUUGGAAUGAUUGAUUUAAAGUGGUUUAAACUAUGUCUGGGCAAUUGCAUCCAUUUUUGUAAACUUAAAACAUAUUUUAGUACUAAUUAUGCAGAUAAACUUACAUCUGGAGAUAAAGCUAUAUAAACAUAGGAGAAAACAAGCAACAACAUAAAACCUUAUCCGAUAACUAGUGCCUGAAUUGCCUCAAAUGAUAUUGAACAAUACAAAAAUAUAGUAAUUUCUCAAUGUCUUUUUAAAUUGUGAUAUAAAAUGAAAUUGUAGGUGUUGUGAUGUGUAGUGAUCCUGGUAAUUGCUUGUGGAAAUUAUAAUGCUUGUUCUUUUGUAAAAUUAGGAUUUGAAAUUGUAUUGUGACACAUUGUACAGUUCUAAAAAAAAAAUGUUGCCAUAUAUUUCUCAUUUAAGUGACCAAUGUGGGUCCUUUCCACAAAAAAGAAUUUGAACAGUGAAUAACAUUUCCAUUGGCACAUUCACCACAUAGCUGCCUAAUUAAAGGUUUGUGUGCAAGAUUUAGUGCGUUUCAGUGAAAUAUGCACUAAUUCCUAGGCACUGUCAUAAAUAAGCCAAAAUGGCCAGAAAUGGCAUUUCAUUACAUGUGCAAGAGCUUAAGCUUUUAGUAUAAUAUUCUUAUCCUACAGGUUGACACUGUUUAUAGUUUUAGAUAUUUGGUUGCAUGUUCUAAUCAUCAUUAAUUGCAAAGAGCAGUUUUUCAUGCGGGGAAUGGAAAAUAAACAUUUGAAUUGUAAGAAGUAUUGUAAUAAAGGGAGGGGGCAUUUUUUCACAUUUUAAAAGUAGAAUUGUAUUACCAUGGAAUUAAUGAAUCCUAUUAAAGAACAGCAUCGGUGAAUUC